GGGGCGACAGGAGACAAACUCCAGGAAAAACUGUCGGAGCUGGUGGCGCACGGUGUAACGGGACGAGGAGGGGAAACUUUGUAUGGACAUGAGGAUAUUCUGGGAUAAACCGAGCUGUUUGAUGGAAAGUAACCUCUGAGGAUUAAAAAAAACAACUUUAAACAUUUGCCCACACGGUGUUUUUUGUUUAUUUGUUUGUUUGUUUUUAGGAAGAAAUCUCUGAAGGUUUGGAUGUAAAUACGCACGGCUGCUGUUUGAGGAGGAAAUGCUCACCUUUUUUCCGCACUUCAAAGCAACUUGUUGAGAUAUAUGUACGAUUUCCCCACGAGUUUUAGUUUGAAAACAAGAAAGUAAAGGUGACAAGAUGGCAGAACACGAGAGCCUGGAGUAUGGAAAGGCGGAUUUUGUGCUUUUGGACAACGUGUCCAUGGAGGAAUUCAUGGGCAACCUAAAACUCAGGUUUGAGAAGGGGAGGAUCUACACCUACAUCGGGGAGGUGGUGGUGUCGGUGAACCCCUACCGUGCCAUGAACAUCUACGGCCGGGACACCGUGGAGCAGUACAAGGGCCGCGAGCUGUACGAGAGGCCGCCUCACCUGUUCGCCAUCGCAGACGCCGCUUACAAAGCCAUGAAGAGGAGGAACAAAGACACCUGUAUCGUCAUCUCAGGCGAAAGUGGAGCAGGAAAGACAGAAGCCAGCAAGUACAUCAUGCAAUACAUUGCUGCUAUCACCAAUCCUAAUCAGAGGGCUGAAGUGGAAAGAGUUAAAAACAUGCUGCUGAAAUCCAACUGCGUCUUGGAGGCCUUCGGAAACGCCAAGACCAACCGCAACGACAACUCCAGCCGCUUCGGCAAAUACAUGGACAUCAACUUUGACUUCAAGGGGGAUCCCAUCGGAGGACACAUCAGCAACUACCUGCUGGAGAAGUCCAGAGUCAUUUUCCAACAGGAAGGAGAGCGGAGCUUCCAUUCUUUCUACCAGCUGCUCAAAGGAGCUCCAGAGUCCCUGCUGCGCUCUCUUCACAUCCAGAAGGACCCGACCGCCUACAACUACAUCAAAGUGGGAGGCCAGAUUAAGUCGAGCAUCAAUGAUAACGCUGAUUUCAAAGCCGUGGCCGAUGCCAUGAAAGUGAUUGGUUUCACAGCGGACGAGAUUCAGACUGUUUACAAGAUCCUGGCCACCAUCCUGCAUCUGGGAAACCUGACAUUCAGUGUUGAUGGAGACGUGACCCUGAUAGAAAACACGAAGCUGGUGUCUGUGAUCAAAGACCUGCUGUCCACUAAGGAGGAAAACGUGGAGAAGGCGCUGCUGUACCGCACCGUCGCCACCGGUCGAGACGUCAUCGAGAAGCAGCACACGACUCAGGAGGCCAGCUACGGACGCGACGCUCUCGCUAAGGCCAUGUAUGAGCGUUUGUUCUGCUGGAUCGUGGGCCGAAUCAACGACAUUAUCGAAGUGAAAAACUAUGACGCCAGAGUGCACGGGAAGAACACGGUGAUCGGGGUGCUGGACAUUUAUGGGUUUGAGAUUUUCCAGAACAACAGCUUUGAACAGUUCUGCAUCAACUACUGCAACGAAAAGCUGCAGCAGCUCUUCAUCCAGCUGGUGCUGAAGCAGGAACAAGAGGAGUAUCAGCGAGAAGGAAUCCCCUGGAAACAUAUCGAUUACUUCAACAACCAGAUCAUCGUGGACUUGGUGGAGCAGCAGCAUAAAGGAAUCUUUUCUGUGUUGGACGAGGCCUGUAUGAAUGUGGGAAAAGUCACCGAUGAGGUUUUUCUUCAAGGACUCAACGGCAAACUGGCCAAACACGCCCACUACACCAGCCGCAAGCUCUCACCCACCGACAAGAGUCUGGAGUUCGACCGAGACUUUCGCAUCAGGCACUACGCUGGAGAUGUGGUGUACUCCGUGGUGGGUUUUAUUGAUAAGAACAAAGACACUCUGUUCCAGGAUUUCAAGAGGCUGCUGUACAACAGUUCCAACCCGGUGCUGAAGGGGAUGUGGCCUGAAGGCAAACUGAGCAUCACUGAAGUCACCAAACGGCCGCUGACGGCUGCAACUCUCUUCAAAAACUCCAUGAUCUCACUGGUGGAGAACCUCGCCUGCAAGGAGCCCUACUACGUUCGCUGCAUCAAACCCAACGAUGUCAAGUCUCCUCUGCUGUUCGAGCAGGAGCGCUGCCGUCAUCAGGUGGAAUAUCUGGGGCUGCUGGAGAACGUACGAGUGCGUCGAGCCGGCUUCGCCAACAGACAGACUUACCCUCGCUUCCUGCAGAGAUACAAGAUGAUCUCAGAGUUCACGUGGCCAAACCAUGACAUGCCAUCGGAUAAGGACGCAGUGAAGAAGCUCCUGAAGGGCUGCGGCUUCGACCACGACGUCGCUUACGGCAAAACGAAGGUCUUCAUCCGGACGCCGAGGACGCUGUUCAGCCUGGAGGAGCAGCGAGCCGAGAUGGUCCAGAGGAUCGUCCUGUUCCUGCAGAAGGUGUGGAGGGGAACCAUCGCCAGGAUGAGGUACCGGCGGAUGCGAGCCGCUCUGAUCAUCCUCCGGGCCUACAGACGCUACAAGGUCAAGUCCUACAUCCGAGACGUGAACCGUCGCUUCAAAAACGUUCGAUCCAUGAAGGACUACGGCCGGCAUGUGAAGUGGCCGACGCCUCCCAAAGUCCUGCGCAAGUUUGAAGAUGCACUCAGGAACAUCUACAGCAGGUGGUGGGCAUGGACGCUGAUCAAAGGCCUGUCUCCAGAGGAGGCCCUGCAGGUGAGGGCCAAAGUGGCCUGUCUGGAGGCCCUGAAGGGCCACAGGGCCGACCUGGGGCUGCAGAGAGCCUGGGAAGGAAACUACUUGCAGAAGCGCGACAGCCCCGACACAGCUUCAUCUUUCACACUGGUCUCCAGCGAGCUGCAGCGAAAAGACAAAUUCAUGAGAAUUCUGUUCUCCUGCAACGUCCGCAAGAUCAACCGUUUCCACAAGGCGGAGAACCGAGCCGUGCUCAUCACUGACCGCCACCUGUACAAGAUGGACCCCCUGAAGCAGUACAAGCCCAUGAAGAGCAUCCCCCUCUACAACGUGACCGGAGUGAGCGUCUCCCCGGGGAAGGACCAGCUGGUUGUGUUCCACACCAAGGACAGCAGGGAUCUGGUGGCGUGCCUUCAGGGUUUGGUGCCUGCCAAUGAGAGCCGCAUCGGGGAGCUGGUUGGCACCCUGCUUAGCCAUUUCAAGAGUGAGAAGAGGAAGCUGCAGGUGAACAUUGCGAGUCCCAUCCAGUGCAGCAUGAACGGCAGGAAGUGCACGGUCAUCGUGGAGCCCAAGAUCAACCAGUCACAGCCGGACUUCACCAAGAGCCGAUCCGGCUACAUCCUGGCUGUUCCUGGCAACUGAAGUGGGCCAAAGGAAGAAAUAAAAAAAGAAGAAGUGACAGCUGAUUCCAAAGCAGGCUGGGAUAAUAAUAACGAUGAUUCAUGCCUUGUGUUUUUUUUGUUUUUUGGCAGAGCUGCUAAUAAUGUGACAGAGCAGAUAGCAGCAGAUAGGAUUGGGGGUAAUUGAUCCUCUAUUUACAAAGCCAGAUGCCAAAUUUUUGUCGAUUUCUAUGCAAUAUUACUAUAAAAGUGCAAAAUGUUGCUAGCUAAACAGGUUUAAACUAAUUAUGCACUAUGUGAUUUUUCACCAAAGUGGUGUUUUUUUCUUUUUUUUAGAAUCAAAAUUUCUAAUUUGCAUUUUGCUUUGUGCAAUAUUUAGUUAAUUGUCGAUGAUUUUUGAGUCCGGAUGAGCGGACACGAUGCAGCUACUGCUCUCAGAACCACUGGUGCUGCAUUGUAGGAAAAAAAAAUCCAAAAGCUCUGCAGGAAUUUCUGAUCCCUGCAGCUCUGUGUGUAGGAGCCAGAUCAAACUGAGAAAUGAUGAUAUUCAUGUAUGACUUUGGUCGGUUAUUUCUGCUUUAAAACCGCAGAAACCCCUUUUUGUGAUUCAUAUUCUAAGGAAUUCUAAUGUCCUUUAAUUGAAGACUUACCUGCCUGGAUGCUGAAUGGAAGAAACUGCAGCUUGUGGCUCGUUAAAUGUUUACAAUCACAAAAAGGAAACAGCGAGUUAGAAAAUGUGGUUCAGUCUGAGUCUGAGGCACAAAUUCUUAGUUCUGGUCGGACGGAUGUCGAGUGGGAUAUGUUGAGCAUAUCCUGAACCUGAUACAUAGCACACCUUCAAGUCUAUUAAUUUAAAUCUAGCAUCUUAUACUCUAUGCAAUGUCUGUAGUUUUAUAAUAAUCCUAAUAAUACUGCUUAUACAUUAAAGUGUAGAAUAUACUGUAAGUGAACAGGAUUACAGAUAUGUGUAUGCACAGCACUUAUACUGCAUUUAGUAUAAAAAGGGAUGAUAAAAACUAUUACUAAAGGCAAAAAAGAUAAUGACCAAAGCGUUUAUUUUUUCCGACACGCAUCUUCAGUUCAUGUUCUUUUGAAAUGUCAGCCUCAAAGGUCCCAUAUUGUGCCCUUUUCAUCAAAUUAAUGGACGUCUCGCCUGUCUCCAGGAUGUGUCAUUCAGUUUUUCAGCUCAAAAUACUGCAAGGAUGGUUUAUUUCAAGCUCACUGGAUAAAUCCAGGUUUUGUUCCUGGUCAUGUUUGAGUGUUUGUAGAUUUAAAUGCAGUUGUCUCCGCCCCCUUCAGGAAGAAGACUCUGUGUGAGACCACAGCUUUCUAUAGCUACUAAUUUUCACUCUCUCUUUUUACGUGGAAACAUUGCCAAUUUCACAGAACAGCAGCUGUUUUUACCUCGUGUGUUCGAUGAGUUUGUUGUGGUUGUUUUUUACUCUUAUUUUGUUGAUUUCCAACAAAAACAGGAAAAAAUGUAUAACUGAAAACAGCUUUCUGAGGGAAUUCGGCUGUGUUAAAUUAGAGUUUAUGUGAGCACACGGAGCAGGAGAGAAGUAAACACACUUCAAGGACUGAGUUUAGUUGCACUGAAGCACAAUUUGACACCCACUGAAGUUGUAAAAACAAAGAAAACACAAUAAUAAUGAUUUUUCGCUUUAUGGGACUUAUCAUGCUUAACCUAUAAUCCCAUAUGAACUCCAGAUCGUGAAACUUGCCCCAUUUGCAGGAAAUGCCGUCAUAAUUGUUUUCUUUUUUGGGAAUUCAACUGUAUUAAAAUGCAAUUUAUGUGAGCACAGGGAGCAGGAGAGAAGCAAACACAUGUAAAGAGUUCAGGUUGCACUGAAACACAACACGAAAACACAGGAAUCCACCAAUGUUGUCAAAAGAUUUCUACCAUAUGGGACCUUUAAUGCUUUAGCUUAGCAGCACAGUGUUGCUAACCAGUACUGUAUAACCCCACAUGAAGUCAAGCCAAUGAACCUCGUCUCGUUUGCUGGAAAUGUCACCAUAAUUAGUUGUAUUUCAGUCUCUGUUUCACACUUGUUAUGUUGUCUCGUCACAGAAAUCAAAAAAUCAAAUUGAGAACAGUUUAAGUGGUAUUUCGACUGCUUUAAAAUGUAGUUGAUGUGAGCACAGGGAGCAGGAGAGAAGUAAAGAGUUGAGGUUGCACUGGAACACACCAUGAAAACACAGAAACACACCAGAGUUUUUAAUAUCUUUUCACCAUAUGGGACCUUUAAUGCUCUAGCUUAGCAGCAUAGUGUUGCUAACCAGUACUGUAUAACUCCACGGGAACUCCAGACGCUGAACCUCGUCUCAUUUGCUGUCUUUGUGUUAAAUGAAUAGCCUAAUGAGUUGACCUUUGCAAUAGGCUUCCACUUGACAAAUAUCCCCUUCAUCACAGAAAGAGAGUGCGCCUGCCGGACUGUGUACUGUAAUGUGUGUCGAUUAGCUCUUUUUCCUCUUCUUGGCUCGCAGACUGAGCGUCUGGCUAACGGCCACAGCGAAAGAGUGAAGACAGAAGGGUGUGAAGUCUGCAAUCAGACUACCGUCCCCAUGACAUUUUUCUAUUAACAGCGGACUAUUUGGAGACUCAAUUUUCAUCUUAUCGCGCUAAAAAAUUCCAUCGCAGCUCUGGAAAGUGUAGAAAAGCCAAAUCACACCAAUCAAAUUGUCGGAGCUUGAAUGAAUCUGUCCUGUUCUCGCAAGCUGUCGGCUGUGUGGAAAGUUUUCACUCCGCUCAGAAGCGUUAGCACGUUGCAAUAUGCUCUUUUUUCCAACAAUUUGCAGAAAUUCGAGGCGGCACAGAAGCUCACGAGAUGGAGAUAUCUGGCUUUAUAAUGUGUGUUUGAUAUUAAUACGCUAAAUAUAUUGAAAUAGAAGAAGGUUCCAACAAAACAAAACCGCAAAGCAUCCUGCAGUUAUUGGAUAAUUGCAAACACAGAUGGCUAUAAAAUGACAUUUGUUGAAAGCCGCAAUGAUACUAAUAUCCAUCUGCAGACUGAGUACACUAGACAUAAAUAAGAUGUUUUCUACCGUACAACCAUCCUGAUUUUCAUUAUUUUAAGGUUAAGAUUUGAUUCUUGUCUUUGGCAGUUAAGAAAACAAUAUCGCUCAAGGUCAGUUUCGUAAAUGUUCAGGAGCUUUGACAAUAUCACAUCAUCUUCAUCAGCCUGUGGUUGGGAAAAAGGCGUGUUUGCAUAAUUUAGCAUUUCUGCAAGUCUGUUGUUCAGGACAAGCAUUGCAGCAGACGAGCUAACCAAAUUCCUGCUAAUGUAGAUCAUGUGAUAUCACUAAAAGCUCCUAAAAAGCUUCUAAUUGGACCAAGUAAUGAUAGUUUUCUCAACUUCACAUGUCAAGAAUGAACUCAACUGCAUCUACCGUCAAAGACCAUGUGAUAUGUGUAAAGCUACAAUGAUUUAUCAAUUAAUUGUGAACUAUUAAAUUAAUUGACACCUGUUUUGAUCAUUAAUGAAUCUGUUUAGGCUAUUUUUUUAAGAAAAACUGUCGAAAUUCUUUGAUUACAUGAUUACAGCUUGGAUAUUUGGUUUCUUUGCUGGUUUCCUUCCUCCUCUACAACAGUAAACUGACUAUCUUUGGGUCUGGGACAAAACAAGACCUUUAAGGAUGUCAUGUUGGGCUUUGAAGAACACUGACAUUUUUCAACAUUUUUUGACAUUUUAUUUCCAAGAAACGAAUUGAAAAACGAGAAAAUGAUCCACAGAUUAACCAACAUUGAUAUCAGCCGUUGCCUCUUCUUAUAGACUACCCUGUUAGUUGAAUAUGGAAGGUAUCAGCCAGGAACCAGCCAUUGUUUUGCUUCUCUACCCACAGACACUUGUCUGUAUCGUGAGUGAAGAGCGGUGAAUGUGGGUUGAGGAACGACAGCCCAAGGUUAUGAAUCGGAGCUCCCACUGUGCCUGCCCUAGUUGAAGAGGCUGAGGCUGUCUUGACGGCUUCACCACAACAGAAAGGAAAACUUGUUAGCAACGAUUUUAGCCGCAGCAGCUCUUCUGACUGUGCAAACACGUCAUUUAUCUUAAUUAGUUUGCAAGUGGCCCCCGUCUUUUGAAGAAGCAAAUCUCCAUUCUACCUCUCAGCGUUCCGGUGAAUGACCUUGUCCUUUUUGCUCUGGAAGACACUUUGAUGCAGAAUAAGGAGUUGUUUAGGGAAAUGGGUGCAACGCGGAUUAAGGGAAGUGACAUUGGUAGCGUUAAUGGAUGGUUUUUCAAAGGAGCUCAGGCUCAGGAGUGUGUGGACUCUAAUACUGCAGCUCUCCAUGUCCUUCGGCGUGGUAAAUCUCCCACAGGGCUUCUACUGCUCGCUGCUCGGCUAUUCACCGCCCAUCAUUAGGAUGGACUCCGUGUCACUUCUCACUUCAGCGCUUUCUCUCUCGGCUUUCUCAAGGCAAAAGGGGGUUGGUGAGCAAAUCCUCGCUUGGCCUCCUCGUCUACUUUCCCUGCUUUUUUUAAAUUCCACUCCCUGCCUCCCCCAUCCCUCCCUCCUCUUCCCCUCUUCUUGUCAAAUCACUUGGCUCCUCGCCCAGUCGGGCUGACUGUACCGUCCUGCAGGGCGCUGGAGGUUCUGGCUGUUUCUUUACUUCAGCCGUCUUGUGCCCAGAAGGCGUGGAAAUAAACAAGGAAAGGGCAAGAAGAUGUCAAAAAAACAACAGGAAUAUCAUGUAGCAGCAAAAAGAAAAAGAAAUUAAGCUGAAACUAGCACAUUAACCAACAUUCUCUGCAUCCGAAAUCUCCAGAAUUCUGUCUUUGUUAUUGCCAGCAGAGAAAAUGAAAAGAUAAACCAAUAAAUUAAUCUGUCAGCACUUUGUGACUUCCCUAACCUGUCUGUAGGCAGACCAAAGAUAUCCAAAAGUUUCAUUUUUUUAAUCGGACUCCCACACAGACUUGCAAAAACACAUUUAUUUGUCAUGUUUUAGUGCUAAACCUUCAUCAGGCCUGAUAGCAUCCCUGUUCCCUUUUGGCAGAUUUGAAGUUUUAGCACUAAUGCAUGACAAAUAAAUGCAUUUUUGCAGGAUAGACAGUGUAUUCUCAUCCAUCUCCUGUGCAAAAAUGACUUUUUUUAACUCCUGCACACUGUCAAGCCUGCAAAAGUACGUCUAUUAGCAAUGUUUCGGUGCCAAACUUCAUCAGGCCUGAUAUUGACAUCACUGCACUAUUUUGCAAUUUGGCCUAAUUAAGUUCUAGCACCAAAAAGUCACAAACUCCUGUAAUUUUGCAGGAUGAACAAUGUGCAUGAGUCAGUUUGAACCUUUAAGAUGUGUUAGUCCAUCUCCAUCUUGUGAAAUAGAUGUGCAAAAAUCCUUCGGCAAAUAUGACAUGACCUAAACAGGAGUAAACAGGGGAUUAGUCGGGGACUAUUUUCUGUCGCGUAUGAAUACACAUUUGAUGCUAAAAUGAGUAUUUCUAGUUAGCAGGACAGUAUGAGGCUGAGGCUUAAAGUCUUUUGCAAUGAUUUUUUAUGCUAAUAAAAGAAGAAACACUGUAAAACCUGCAAAAAUGCAUUUAUUGGCGAUGUUUUGGUGCAAAACCUUUAUAAGGGCUGAUAACGUCACUAUACCUUUUUGCAAAUUUGCGCAGCAAAGUGCUAGCAUCAGAAUGUUCAAAAUAAAUUGUAUUUUUGCAGUUUACAGUGUAAAAUAGUCUAAAUAGUUCUCAAACAGUUGGGCUUUGUGGUUUUUAGUUAAUAUGACUUAAACAGGAGUAAACAGUGGAUUUAUUAGGGACUGUUUUCUGCAGCGUAUUAAUACACAUUUGAUGCUAAAGUGUGUACUUCCAGUUAGCAGGACAGUAUAUGAAGUUGAGGCUUGAAAUCUGUCAUAAAAUGCUGGUAUUAUUGGAGGAAAAUGUCACUCAUUGCAACAGUGUGGCUCAUUAAUGUGUUUAUUAGUUUUUGGAGAACGGGAGCUUUGACGUGUGGAGGAAUAUGACUCAUCAGGCUCUGGAUGUUGUUGGUUCCUUUAAUUUCAUGCUAUUUAAAGUUAGAAAAAUGUUGAAUAUCACCAGAUUUAUCUUUGCUUGUCAUUUUAAAGUGCAAAUCUAAUCAUCAGUGAUUCUUUUUCCAUUAUAUUGAUCACCAGCUUUACUGCAGGAGUUAAAAUACUUUUUUUUUCUAAAUACCACGUUAUGAAUGGAUUUAAAGAAUAUCAAACAUGAAUGUUAACACUUGGAGACUCUGUGCCAUUGUGUCCUUCCCUUUACUGCUCAGUGAGAAUGACAUUCCUCCAGUUUCAGUGUUUCUUUUCUUUCUCCAGAAACAUCCGACCUGAGGCUCUCUAUUAUCAAGCCCAUCCAUGUUGGCCAAAGGGCACCAAGUUCCAAUUUAGUUCCUGUAAUUUAUUCCGUAGCUUUGAGCGACACGUGUAUGUACGCACCAUUCAUUCAGUAUGUGCCUCAUUUUAUAUUCAGUUUAUAUUUUGCAUAUUUUGUGUAAUAUUUCACCGUAAGCAUCCUGUAACGUCUAGAUCAAGUCUGAAGGGAAAUGCUGUAAUGCUGUUUUGUGCAGGUUCCGUGAUGUUCCAUAAUGAGAAAUAUUUCAUUAAUCACUUUAUUAAUAAAUUUAUUUGCUUCAGUAAA